AUGCGGUCUUCAAUUACUAUCAGCCUUCUUGCUCUCGCGCCUUACAUGGCUGAUGCAGCAAGGAGCACUACCAAAUACUCUACCAAAACUGUCUUUUUACCUCAGAGAAAGACAGGAAGCGCGACAAAUAUCUACGCCUCCCAGAUCACAGAAACUGGCUCAAAGACGGAAUAUCUUCUCGCCUGCCAGACAAACUUUGGCACGUCUUACUCCUGCGAUGGAGAUUUCCACGGUAUCACUGUGACUUACGAAGAGUCAAGCAUGAAUCUUAUUGUUAGCUCAACAACAUACGAUUGCUCCCUGGGCUCAGGCUCAGCUGUUUGCGCAACCAUAACCGCAAAGCAGACUGAAUCCGUCCAAUCCAGGACCAUUCCUUCGUCAGAGAGUGAACUCUGGAUGACGCCUAUUACUUUCGUUGAUCUCGAGAAGAGGAAGACUACGAAAACCAAGUCAACCGCUUCUAAAGCGACGGAGACAGCGAGUAACAAGCUCUGCAAGAGAAAGAUUCAUCAUGGAAGUUCAGGGUCGGACUCUGGAGACAGUGGAAGCAGUGGAAGCGGUGAUCACAGCAGUGGCUCUGGUAGCGACGAUGACAGCAGUGGUUCUGGCAGCGGUUCCAAAAGCGGUUCUGGAUCUGCUGCUGAUGAUGAUGACGAUAGUGAAAGUUCAUCCACAAGUCCUACCAAGAAGAAGAACCAUGACGAUGAUGGAUGCUCGGCUGGAUCUAUCGUGUCUUGGAGUUGGGGAGUUAUGGCUGUUGGACUUGGUGGUUUCCUUGGUAUCAACAUCGUAUAA